CAAAACCCCAUUCAAGUACUCCCUGCGCAGCUACCAGACCCAGGGCCCCGAGAUUUACCCCCACAGCCUGAAUACUCAGAAGAUGAUCUUAUCUGGAUGCGCAAGCUCCCCAUGACCCAAGUUACAGAUGGAUGGUGGAGGGACUCUAGAGACCGCCUUAUCCUUCCCGAAAAAUUGGGCCACGCAAUCCUGACAAAAAUACACCACUCUACCCAUGUGGGGCCCCGAAGACUUCAGGAUCUCCUCAGACAAUCCAAACUGGUAUUAAGAAACAUCUCUGACCAGACAGAAAGGGUUGUGACAGCCUGUGCCACAUGUCAACUCCAAAACGCGCACCCACACGUCACAGCUCAUGGCCACCGAAAAAGAGGAACCAUACCAGGAGCCCACUGGGAAGUGGACUUCACCGAGGUAAAGCCCGGCAAAUAUGGCUAUAAAUACUUACUAGUGUUCGUAGACACUUUUUCAGGAUGGACUGAAGCCUUUCCAACCAAGAAGGAAACGGCACAGAUAGUAGCCAAAAAGAUCCUGGAGGAAAUCCUGCCCAGGUAUGGUUUUCCAGUCAUGAUAGGGUCAGACAACGGACCUGCCUUCGUCUCUAAGGUAAGUCAGGGAUUGGCUUCCAUACUUGGGGCAGAUUGGAAAUUACAUUGUGCCUACCGGCCCCAAAGCUCAGGACAAGUAGAAAGAAUGAAUAGAACAUUAAAAGAGACCCUUACUAAAUUGACUAUGGAGACUGGCGCUAAUUGGAUAGAGUUACUCCCCUAUGCUCUGUACAGGGUUCGCAACUCCCCAUACAAGUUGGGUCUUACACCCUAUGAAAUCAUGUUUGGCAGACCCACACCUAUUAUACCUAAUCUUAAGUCAAACCUCAUUCAAUUAGACCAAGAUAACAGCCUCUUGUCUUCUCUCAGGGCUCUACAGCGGGUUCAUGAGGCCGUGUGGCCUAAACUAAAAGAACUGUAUGAGGCAGAACUCCCACCCACUCCUCAUCAGUAUCAUCCAGGAGACUGGGUCCUCGUCAAGCGACACCGGCAGGAGAACCUUGAACCCAGGUGGAAAGGACCUCACCAAAUCAUCCUGACGACUCCCACCGCCAUCAAGGUAGAUAACCUCCCCACCUGGAUUCACCACACCCACGUAAAACCUGUCGACCCGCUGUCUGACCUCGUGGGACGCACUGAUAAGAAUACUACUUGGACUGUGAACCGGAGUAAGAAAACCCCCCUCAAACUAACCUUGCGCCGUGCCUCUCCUAAAACAUGUUCAAGAUAGUAACCCUUGUCCUACUAGCCCUCAACCUUAAACUCCUAGAGGGAGGACUAAAUGCCCCCGUUGACAAACGGAAAUUGUAUGAAGUUCUGUAUGGAAGGCCCUGUGAUUGCCGAGGUGGCGUAGUUAAAACCCUUACCCUGCCACAUGGUAAAAGACUAGUAGCCGGCUCUAUAGGAAGGGGUGGUCACUAUCAGCGAAUAUACACUCAAACCCAAGACUGUGGGACCACAAUUGCUCACUUAACCCAGACCUAUGACAUCACAGGACCCCAAAAACAGCAGUGGUUAUGUGUUGACAAACCUAAACCCCUGCCCCCCACAGCAAAAUGCCCUUGCUCUACUUUCCAGGAAUCGAUGCAUAGCUCUUGUUAUGACUCCUAUCAGCAAUGUAUGGGG